UAUUUUAGAGAAUUCACAAAUAUAUAGGUAUUAAUUAUUGUUUCCAAUCUUUUUGAAUAAUUCUAAAGUUAAUGAAAGUAGGUAUUAAAAAAACAGCAAUGAGUGAAAGCAGAAGCCAGUCCCGUCACGUUUCCUACGAGCAGGUGAAGCAUAUCAUAGACUUCAUGUCACAGCACGUGGACUUCGCUUCAGGCAACCUGCGCUCGCUGGAAGCCAGACACACUUCUAAAAGACUGUGGGCAGAGCUCACUAAGAUCCUCAACAGCUGCCGGGGAGGCACCAAGAAGACUGCUGACGGAUGGAGUAAGUACUGGAGUGAUUUCAAAAACAAGUUGAAGAAUAAAGUAUGGCUGCUCAAGAAGAAAAAGGCUGGAUCUACCAUGACGGGCAUCACACCACUCACUAAACUGGAGAAGAGAGCUCUUGCUAUACUAGGCCCUUAUUAUGAGAAGAUCAAAACUAGGAAAGCUUACAAUAAAUCAAAUUCUAUUGAGUUGCACCCAGAAGUGAAACAGGAAUCCUUUAAUGAGACUAUACAUGUGGACAGUUUUAGUAAAUCUGAAAAUGAAUCUAAUGACAGACUAUCGGGUGGUGGUGAUCAGAGUAAUGACAGUGCAGAGUCCUCUGGUGGUGAAGAUGGAAAUGAAAACGAUACAAAUGCACCUGUUAUACAGAACAUCUACCCACAAUGGCUCAUAGAGGUAGAGAAAAAACGCGCAGAUGCCGAAUUGAUACGCGCGAAAGCUGAAGAGCAGCGAGCCCUUGUCUCUGCCAAAAAUGCAGAGGCUGCACUUCUACAAGCUGAGGCACUAAAGAGGUUGGCAGAUGCUGCGAGUAUACAGGCCGAGGCUAUUAUGAGGAUAGCCACAGUGUUGGAGACCAGGGGACAAAGGGAUGUGCUGGAUAUGUGAAGAGUUGUUCAUUGAUAGUUGAGGAAUUUAUGUUGGAUGAGUGAGAUUGGAAUUUAAGUAAUCUAUCUAUUAUUGGCAAAUUAAAGCCGAUAAUAUGAAGGUCUUGUCUUCUGAAUUCUCCAUGGAUUAAGAGUAAUACAGUUCAUUUUGAUGGAAAUUAAAUCGUACAAAGUUCCUAAAAUCAAUGAUAAGUUUUGAAUGAAUCAACAAGUUUGUGUGUAGAGAAAGAAAUUAACAGGCAUUUAUAUUUAAUAAAUAUUGUAAUGUAAAUAGAUUGUGUAAGUAAAUAAUUAUAAAUAUUAACAUAGAUAAGGAAUACUAUUUUACAGAUCAAAAAUAAAAAUAAUAAUUUGAAUAAUA